AUGGAGGCGGUGCCGCGAAUGCCGAUGAUUUGGCUGGAUCUGAAGGAGGCAGGAGAGUUCGAGUUCAGCGCGGCGGUGAAGCAGUUCAUACUGAAGAACUAUGGUGAGGACCCAGACAAUUACAAUGAGCAGCUGAAGAAGCUGGAGCAGUUGCGACAGGGUGCUGUGAACGUGACCAGGGACUUCGAGGGCUGCAGUACAUUACGGAAAUACUUCGGGCAGCUGCACUACCUGCAGAGCCGUGUGCCUCUGGGUUCUGGGCAGGAAGCCGCUGUGCCUAUUUCCUGGACUGAGAUAUUUUCAGGAAAGACAGUCACUCACGAUGACAUUAGCUACGAGCAGGCCUGCAUCCUCUAUAACCUGGGAGCGCUUCAUUCAAUGUUGGGAGCCAUGGAUAACAGGGUGUCUGAGGAGGGAAUGAAAGUGUCUUGCACACACUUCCAGUGCUCGGCCGGAGCGUUCACCUACCUGCGGGAUCACUUCAGCCACAGCUACAGUGUGGACAUGAGUCACCAGAUCCUCAAUCUCAACAUCAAUCUGAUGCUGGGCCAGGCCCAGGAGUGCCUCCUGGAGAAGUCAAUGCUGGACAAUAGAAAAAGUUUCCUCGUGGCACGGAUAAGCGCUCAGGUAGUGGACUAUUAUAAAGAAGCUUGCCGUGCACUGGAGAACUCUGACACUGCCUCUAUGCUCGGAAAGAUCCAGAAAGACUGGAAGAAGCUUGUACAGAUGAAGAUUUACUAUUUUGCUGCUAUUGCUCAUCUGCACAUGGGUAAACAGGCUGAGGAACAGCAAAAGUAUGGAGAAAGGCUUGCCUAUCUUCAGAGCUCACUCGACAAACUGAACGAAGCUAUAAAGUUGGCUAAGGGGCAGCCCGACAGCGUACAAGAAGCCCUGCGGUUCACCAUGGAUGUUAUCGGAGGAAAAUUUAACUCUGCUAAGAAAGACAAUGACUUCAUUUACCAUGAGUCUGUGCCGUCUCUGGAGACGCUGCCCUCAGUGAAAGGUGCUCCGCUAGUUAAAGCCUUACCUGUGAACCCAACAGACCCCAGUGUGACUGGACCAGACAUUUUCUCUAAGCUGGUGCCCAUGGCUGCUCACGAGGCCUCUUCUCUCUACAGUGAAGAAAAGGCCAAGCUGCUAAGGGACGUCAUGGCAAAAAUAGACAGCAAGAAUGAGACAUUAGAACAAUUCAUGGACUCUCUAAAUCUGGACCCAAACUCUGUGGACAACAUGGACAUGUACAACAACAUUCCUUCAGUGCUGAUGGAGAAGUGUGCAGCUCUCAGCGUGAGGCCAGACACAGUGAAGAGUCUCAUACAAUCCAUGCAGGUGCUGUCUGGUGUGUUUACGGAUGUGGAAGCCUCGCUGAAGGAGAUUCGGUCAGUGCUUCAUGAGGACGAAGCAGGUGAGCGGAAGCUGGAGGAGGCAGCAGGAAAGCAGGCAGUUCCAGCCCAGCCUGCUGCCCUGGCUGAGCUCCGCAGAGAUUUGGAGAAAUACAUGGAGGCCCACGAGAAAGCAAGCUUCACCAACACAGAGCUUCAUCGUGCCAUGAAUCUGCACAUCAGCAACCUGCGACUCCUGGGAGGUCCUCUCGACACUCUGAGAGAGGCCCUCCCCAAACCACAACUCAGUGAAGAUGAAGUGGCAGGUCUACAGUGCAUGAAAAGAAUUUUGAGUAAAGUCCAGGAGAUGAAAGACCAGCGCAGCUCUCUCGAGAAGCAACUAAGGGAACUCAUCCAGCAGGACGACAUAACUUCUGUUCUGGUUACCACCGAGCGGGCUGAUAUGAAGAGGUUAUUUGAGGAACAGCUGAAGAAGUAUGAACAAGUAAAGGUAUACAUCGAUCAGAAUCUAGCUGCUCAGGAGAACAUCCUAAAGGCGCUGACAGAGGCAAAUGUCCAGUAUGCCACAGUACGCAAGGGCCUCGCUGAGACAGAACACAAAUGGAAUAGCACGGUCCAAAUGCUCGUUGCCUCUUAUGAGGCUUAUGAAGACCUGAUGAAGAAAUCUCAGGAGGGAAAAGAGUUUUAUGAAGACUUGGAGGGCAAAGCCUCUCGCCUCCUAGAGAGGGCUAAAACCGUCUGCAAGACCAGAGAAGAGGAGAGACAAGCCAUAUUAGAAAAAGAAAUUCAGAAAAAGCCUCCUCAAAGGCCCACAGCCCCAAAGCCUGUUCCAAAAAAAGUCCCGGAAAUGGAUUCUUCCAACCUGGAAGACCCUGAAAUAGCCAAAUUGAAUGCUGCCAUCCUAGCCUUAGGUGGAGACUUGCCAGAAGAGCUUCGUAGCUUGCCUCCUGAACUUGCUCUUCCAACAGCAGGUCUCCCUGUGAUGCCUGAGGCUUUUCAUCCAGGGGCCACACCUAGCUCCAUGCUACACUGGCCUGGGACAGCUUACAGACCACCCAGAUUUCCUCCCAACCUACCCCCUCCUGAGCUUCUUGCACGAAUUUCCCGUUAUACACUUCCCCCAACCCAGGGUUUCAAUCACAGUCUGCCAGGACCCCUGCCACAGCAACAGCAGGUUCCACAGAUGCCGAAUCCUCAGGUCUCCCAGCAGCAGCCUUCAGUGCCUGGGUACUGUCCUCCAUCUUCACAGACCCAGCCUGCUGCACCUGGGGCACCCACUCCCAUUCGACCUUCCACCACAACUGUGGACAGCGUGCAAACACCAAUUCCCAGCUACACUCCAGCAUCAGGACAACCAGUUAUGCCUACACCCACCCCUGGCCACACUGUGCCCACUCCUGCUGUGUAUACACCUGCCCCACACAUUGCUCCUCAGCCUCAGUACUUGCAGCAGCCUGGUGUUCCCAUGAACCAACCACCUCAGGCAGUACAAGCCCCUCAACCACAGUCACAGCCCCAGCAACCAUUUCAUCAGGUCCGUGGUCAAAGUCAGCCACAGACAUAUUUUCAGCCUAUACCACCCCAACAACAAAUGCCUGGGCCUCAGCCACAGUACCCACACCCCAUGACUCAACCAAGACAGCCUGGACCAACAAACCUUCAGCAACAUCCAUUCCAUAUUCACCCUACACCAACUCUUCUGCAGCAGCCUCAGCAGGUAUACCCACCUGCUUCAUUUGUUCCUGGGAGCCAACCUAUCAAUGCCCACGUUAAUACCAUUGCUCAAACCCAGCUGCCCCAACAUACUUUACAUCCACAAAUGCCUCCAUCCUCCCAGCAGAUGCCUCCAGUUUCUAUGCCACAUUUAGCACAUGUGAAACAACAAAUCCCCCCUUCCUCCCAGCCCUAUUUGCCCCCUGCCAAUCAACAAACACAUCCUGUCCACCCUCCACAAGUGCCCCUUUCCUCACAGCAGGCACCCCCUGCAGCCCACAUGCAAAUGCCUCUACCAUCCCAGCCACAAAUGCUGCCACCAUCCACGCAAAUGUCCCCUCCAUCUCGCCAACAAAUGCCUGCAGCUUCCCAACCAGUGUUACGCCCACCUCAUCCACAGAUGCCUGCUGUUGCAACGUUACAACACCCCUCUCAUCCACCACUUUCCACUGCUUCCCAGCAGUUACCGCACCCCUCACAUCCACCAGUGCCUGCUGUUUCUCAGCCAUUACCACAUUCCGCUCAUCCACCAAUGCCUGCUGUUUCACAACCAUUGCCACAUCCCUCUCACCCUCAGAUGCACCCUAGUUACCAGCCACAAUUUCCUGCAAAUACGCCAAGGGUCCCUGUCCCUGUGCAGCCUCAGUUACCUCCUGUCUCUCUAUCACCACAGCUGCCAGCACCCACCAAGGCUCUCCCUCCACAACACCACCUCCACUCACAAGCACCUACAGGACCUCGUCCCCCGGUGCCUCAGCAUCCUAUCUGCUUGCCCCAGCAACCUCUCCCCCCACACUCCACACCUCUGGGUUAUCCAGGUGGUGUCCCUAUAGUUCCCCACCAGUCUGCAGUUCCUCAGCAGUCCCAGGCUCUUCCUCCACAGCUUCCACCAGGGGCACCAACUUCUUAUGCUGGACCACAUGGUGGAAGCAUUCCUACUGGAUCCAUGCAGCUUCCUGGACCAGUUGUACCAGCUGGACCCCAGUCUCUUCCUCAGGGUAUGAUCCCUCCCUCUUCAGUUGCACCAGGGGCUCCGCAAAGCAACAUCUUGCCUUCACCUGCACCAUCACCUUCUCCAUCUCCAGGACCUUCCUCAUUAAGUAUGGUGCCUCAGAGACCCUCUCCUGCUCUCACACCUGUUGGAGGUGCACCAAUACCCCAGACUGCCACAACACCAUUGCCCUCCUCCGGCCCUUUGCCAUCAUCAGACUCCCUGUUUCAACGCCAGAAUUCCAGUACAGAUGAUCUCCUCUCUUCAAGUCCUGAGAGCCAGCAUGGAGGUAGCAAAGACACUGCGAACGUCUUAUUACCCACCAAGGCUGACCCUCAGGAUGAACAGCAUCGGAAGAAAGCUGAGGGAGUAAAACUUAUUCAAGGUGACCCAUACCAGGCACCAGAGAGAGUCUCUCAGCUUUGUGCAGAGCUUGAAAGGUUUAGAUUGACUGUACAAUCUCUGGAGCGUCCCUCAGGGGAGGGAGGCUUGUCAGAACUUGAUGCUCGGUGGAAGGAGUUGCAGGAUCAGCAAGAGAAGGAUUCCCGUCAACUCUCCAUUGCUAUAGCACGUUGCUACACCAUGAAAAACCGCCAUCAGGAUGUAAUGCCCUAUGACCGCAAUCGUGUUGUUCUGCGCUCAGGCAAAGAUGACUACAUCAAUGCCAGCUUUAUAGAGGAUCUUUCACCAUACUGUCCUCGUCUCAUUGCUACACAGGCUCCCCUUACUGGAACUGCUGCUGAUUUUUGGCUCAUGGUCUAUGAACAGAAAGUGUCAUUGAUUGUAAUGCUUGUGUCAGAGCAAGAACUUGAAAAGCAAAAAGUCCUGCGCUAUUUUCCAUGUGAAAGAGGACAGCAGGUUGCCCAGGGUCCAAUUACACUCACUUUGACUACCCAGAAGAACACACCCACCCAUGUGGAGCGCAUGAUUGGACUGCAGUACCGAGACCAGAGUCUGAAGCGUACGGUCAUCCAUCUGCAGUUCACCUCCUGGCCUGAAUUGGGCCUGCCAGAAAGUAAAAGUAACCUCAUACGCUUCAUUCAGGAAGUUCAUGGACAUUAUCUCCUUCAGCGUCCAUUACACAUGCCUGUGGUAGUGCAUUGCAGCUCUGGUGUUGGCCGGACAGGUGCCUUCUGCUUGUUGUAUGCUGCUCUACAGGAGCUGGAAGCUGGGAAUGGCAUACCAGAUUUAUCCCAGCUAGUGAGAAAAAUGAGGCAACAAAGAAAGAAUAUGCUACAGGAGAAGCUCCACCUUAAGUUCUGCUACGAGGCGGUGCUGAAACAUGCGGAGCAGGUCCUUCAGCGCCGUGGCAUCAUUACCUCUUCUAGCCAAAAGACUACAAAUAACACUGUAGUGAAGCAGUACCCACGGCAGGAGGCUCAGGAUAUUGUUCUGGGAGGUGAUAUGCCCAUCAGCUCCAUUCAGGCAACCAUUGCUAAGCUCAGUAUCCGACCCCCGAGCACUGAGUCUGAGCAGGAGCACAGUCAGGACCUGUUGACCUCUGUUGCUGCAGCGGAAUCAGAGCCUCCAGCAGUACCAAUGCAGCCUGUUCAGGAUCCUUCAUCUACUGAAACUGUUCCUGCCUCGCUGAGUCCACCUCUCUCCUGCUCGUCUUCUCCGGGCAAGACACGCUCCCCUUCACCUCCCGACCGCCAUGGCAAUGGGUUUGAGGGGUCCAUGCAGACCUCCCCGGUCUCCAACCAUCACCAUCCUCCACCUGAAGCAGCAGCUCCUCCAGCAUCAUCAUCUCUGGACCUGCUGGCCUCGCUGACGCCUGAAGCCUUCACAUUGGACAGUGCCUACCGUGGCAAACAGCGCAUCAGCAAGCAAAGCUUCCUCCAGCCCCAGGAAGGGCAGGGUCUUCAGGGCCCGCCACAAGGAGAUGACCCACUUAGCACUCUGGAUCCCCUCUGGACACUCAACAAGACCUAAAAUGUAGAAAAUGCUUGCAUUGGUCCUUUCAGGAACUCUCUGUCUCUGACCUUCUGGCUUAGUGUCGUACAUUCAGGGCUAGUUACCUGGUCAUGGAUUAUGCUUUGUUCGAAAUGCCAGUGUUCCAGUGGUCUGAGGAACUGGUCCUCACGGUUUUGAAGGCCAACAACUAUCACGUUUAGUGUUUUCCUGCUCGUCAUCUAAUUGUUAUGGCCUUCAUUCAUUGAAUCAGCAGUUUGCACGGAAACGAUUCUGUGCUGUAACCCUUAACUGUUCUGGCUGCUCUGAACCCCUUUCCCAAACUAGUCCCUGUGCCUCUGGGACCACAUCACUGUGUGUCUGUCUCUGUCUUCGUCUGUCUGUAUGUCUGUUAAUGAGUCUACUUAGUCUGCACUUCUCCAGCACUGCCCCUCUUGUUCCUGGCUACUUUAGUGACCUUGCAUGCCCUCCUCAUUCAGAAACUGUCCAGUGAUCCCUCAAACUGCACAUUGUGUGUCACUGUAUUAACAAAGGAUACAAAAUACAAAGAAUCAGCAGCUGGAUUCACUUUCUUUUGAGAGAAGGGCACUGGUUUAGCAGAUUGAUGGCCAGUUUUUAGAUGCAGAUUAUACUUGAUCCUAGUAUUAAAGUCUUUUUGGAAUGAAGAAUCUCAGUUUGUCAAAGUGUAAUUUAAUGGAAAUUGAGUGUAGUCUUUAAUCUGUGUUUGAAAAACAGGCCUAAGAUUACUGCUUGCCAUGUAGUUUGUCAUCUUCACCUGUGUACAAGCAAGAGCAUUCUGCCAUCGAAAGGUAUAUGAAUGCAAAAAAACAAAUGCGAUGGCUACCAGCCAGUAUGCUGACGCCUACCAGUCGAUGGCUACCAGUUAGCUAACGCCUCCCAGUAGCGGUUCAUUAUUGAAACACUCAUUUCUGGGUAAAGUAUUCAUUUUUGUAGAAAAGUCAAAGCUGGUAACAAAAGUGCGGACUUGAUAUGCUGGGCACUCAUUUUACUUAUAACACUUAACAUUUACGAAUCAGCGCUCCAGAAUCCUUUACGAUCUAUUGAGUUGAUUCUUUAUGCCUUUCAGUAAACAUUGUAAAUAUAUCUUAAUUAAAAUCAGCAUCCUUGAAACACUGAA